GUCAGCUUGAUGCUUCCUUUUCGAGCUUCUUUGGCCGCUUCCAUUCAUUCCUUGCGUAAGGGAUAUCCGACUAUUGCCACCAUUCACCAGUUACCAAAUCAUAAUAUCAUUGUGCACCCACUAGAGACCCUAUUACUACGUGAGAGGUUAAUCGGUGCAAUAUGGCAUCAAGAACAGAGAUGGAAUCCGACGAUCUUCUCUCAUUCGAAAAGAGCCUGUUCCUACCCAGAAAUGCGACGCCGCGCCCAUACAUUUCUAGAACUGAACACAACUGUCACAGGUAUAGGAGUGUGGUCAUCAAGGGGCUAUUUCUCUGCCUUCUCAUAUUAUCUGCGAUAGUUAUCAGCGUCUCUCUAGGACUUUGGCCCCAUUAUUUGAAUUCGCGGUCGGUACGCUUUGACCACUGGAGUGGUCACCAAAAUGUUUUUUUGGAGUCUAGAAUUUUGGCGAAUAUAGGACCAGGGAUAGGCGCAAAGGAAGGGCUUGUAGUGGCCAGUCCUAGUAAGGGACAUGGAAAAGAGCCAGACUACUACUAUACCUGGACCCAUGAUUCUGCUCUAACCAUUUCUACAUUGAUACCUCAUUUGAGAUUUGAUUUAGCCGAUAUCAAUAAUACCACCGAACCGUGGGAGUUAUACAGCGCCCUGUCUGACGUACUAAAGGAAUAUCUCUUUCGGGACUAUAUUGAAAGUCAAGCAGAGAUACAAAUAGGCAAAAACCCUUCUGGUGACUUGAAAAAAGGUGGCCUUAAUGAACCAAAAUUCCAUGUCGACGGUACCCCCUUCACGGGGAAUUGGGGAAGGCCUCAGAGAGACGGUCCAGCACUUCGGGCCAUUGCGGUGAUGAUUUAUGCCAACUUCCUCCUUGACCGUGGAUUUCCUUCAGACGUCAGCUACGUGCAGCAACGGAUCUAUGAUCCCAGGCAUCUCAAAUCACCAGGGAGAGUCCUUAAGAACGAUUUGGAAGAGGUAGCACACGGAUGGUCAAAAGGCGGCUUUGAUCUAUGGGAAGAGGUUGAUGGACAUCACCUAUUCACCCUUCUUGUUUCCCGUAAAGCCCUGUACGAUGGUUCGACAUUUGCGAAACGUCUCAACGAUGUUGGAGCAGCGGAUCAUUACCUCGCCCAAGCUCAUUCUAUCACGCAGAAGCUUUCAUCGUUUUGGGAUUCCAAAAGAGGCUAUUGGCUCUCAAGCUUGAGUGGUCGCGAUUUUGAGCUUGUGCAGCUCAAGUCGGAAUUUAACUUCACCAACGCAUAUCCAAGACGAGAAUGGCUAGAUUGUUCGAUACCCCUGUCUAUCAUCCAUGCUGGCUCCCACACACUUCAACCCAGCCAUAAUUUCUCUUUUCCGUUCUCUGCAACUGAUCCCAGUGUCCUUUCGACCAUACACCUUUAUAUCAAGUCUUUUGAUGGACUUUACAGUAUCAAUGAUGGCAAGCCUUGGUCAGAUGGAUGGGCGUUAGGGCGUUACAAGGAAGACGUAUAUGACGGUAAGGGCCAAAGUCAAGGGAAUCCUUGGUUCAUUUGCACUUUUUCUGUUGCGCAUAGUCUGUACCUCGCCUACAAGGAGUUUCGUGAGGCAGGUGCCAUUGUGAUUGCCAACCAAACCGUUGCGUUUUGGGAAGAUGUCGUUUCGAUCUCAUCUAAACCUCCUAAAGUUAGGGAGGGCGAUGUUUGGACUGAAGGGGAAGACUGGCAAUUUAAGGAGGGAAUGAAAUGUUUGAAAGACGUUGCAGGCAGGUUCAUGGAAGUUGGCCAGCAAGUGGCGGCAGCGAACGGGGGAAGAAUGAGCGAACAAAUAGACAGAGACGAUGGGCAAUGUAGAGGGGCAAGGGAUUUGACCUGGUCAUACGCAAGCUUGUUGGAUUUGAUCAGAGUGAGAUCGGAUUUGGAUUGAUUUCUAUUCAUCAGCGACUCGUUGUAUUAUACUUGAUUUUACCUAUGACUUUUUUCUACAUGACAAUAUUG